UGCUUCAUCCACGCUUCAUCAAAAGCAGCAAGAUACUGGUAGGCUGGUAUUCCUGAGGAGGCUUAUCCUGGGAUGAGACUAACAUUAGGAACUAAGAGGUAGAGGUUAAGGAAAAAUACCUCAAAUGUCUUUAUUCACUGAAGAUUAUGACUGUUCUGGAGAAGAGAGUACAGAUAGUGAGAGUGAAGCCAUCUCCUCUGGAAACUCCUGGUUGUGGACACAAACCAUGAACUAUGUUGGGCAGAUUCUGGUAACAUUCAAGGAAUUGUACAAAGGACUAAAUCCUGCAACACUCUCAGGCUGCAUAGAUGUGAUUGUGGUCCGACAGCAGGAUGGCACUUACCAGUGUUCACCAUUUCAUGUGCGGUUUGGAAAGCUAGGGGUUCUCCGCUCAAAAGAGAAAGUGAUUGACAUUGAGAUUAAUGGAGACUCAGUUGAUCUUCACAUGAAGCUGGGAGACAAUGGAGAAGCCUUCUUUGUACAAGAAACAGAGGAAAAUCAGGAGAAAGUUCCUGCUCACCUGGCCACCUCUCCAAUUCCUAUAGAAGAGGGUCAGUUUUUCAAGGCUCUCGAGUGGAAUUUGGGAAAAUGUGCGAACAUGGAAAGUGAACCAUGCCUGGGGAAUGUUGGGCAGCAGGCUGAACCAGAGGCUAUGGGCAGCAUCGGCUCAGUGAAAAAGAAAAAGCGGCGCAGAAAGAAGACUAAAGCAGAAGGCAGAAAGGAUGAACGGCCGCCAUCAGCUGGAAAUGAAGACAUCUUUGAAAUGGAGAUUAGUUCUGAUGAAGAGAAUACAGUAUAUUCACCUAGGGGACCUGCAUAUUCUCCAGUAAAGGAAAAUGAGUUGGAGUCUCUGAAAUUUCAACCCAAAGACAAUUACCCACAUUCAGAUGGCGACUGGGAGGCCAUUGAAGGAAUUUCUCCUUUACAGUCCUUUUCCCCCAAAAGUGACUCUGAAUUAAUGGUGAAACCUUCUGCUAACUUGCUGAUGUCCGAAUCUCAUAUGGAGUGGUCAUGGGGAGAAUUUCCAGAGUCGACGAGGAUUAACAAAAGAGAGCGAUGGGAAGAGCCGAAAACCUUCACAAUUACUCCGUCUGAUAGCACUCACUUCAGGGUUAUCCUGAGUGCUGAUGCCAUGAACGAGGAUGCUGACUCGGAAGCCAUGGCUCCUGCAGUACUAAAACCUGAGCCCAGGGCUCUGGUAGAUGUUGGGGAAGCUGCUACUGAGAGCAGGGUUGACACUUUGCAGGAACAUCCUGUCAUCAUGCCAUCACCAUAUCCAAAGGAAACUGCAGUCGAAAUUGAAUCGCAGGUGGACAGCUCCUCUCCUGCAGCAACAGAUGCACAGAUUGUCGCAAAAACUGAUUCUCCAUCAAAGAAAAAAGGUCUCCGUAAACGAAGUCAGCAUCAGGGGCCCGAUGACAUCUAUUUGGAUGAUCUGACUGUUUUGGAGCCCGAAGUUGCAGCUCGAUAUUUUCCCAAAAGCGAGAUUGAUAGCAAUUCCAAACUCUGGACCGAAUUGGAGACGCAUUCUGGUUCUCAGUCCCCACAGUCGGUUGGGAGUGCAGCAAUGGACAGCGGCACAGAAUGCCUUUCAGAUUCAGCAGCUGACCUGCCAGAUGUUGUUCUCUCUCUGUGUGGGGGUUUCAGCGAAAAUACCGAGAUUUCCAAAGAAAAAUUCUUGAAGCACGUUGUUACCCAUCUUGAAUUUGCGGAAAAUCCCAGCCUUAUAGAUGAUCCUAAUCUUGUUAUAAGAAUUCGUAACAGAUACUUCAACUGGGCGCUGGCAGCUCCUAUGAUCCUCAGCAUGCAAGCUUUCCAGAAGAGCCUCCCCAAGACCACAAUUGAUGCUUGGGCUAAAGAGAAGAUGCCAAAGAAGUCCGGUCGAUGGUGGUUCUGGCGCAAGAGAGAGAAUACAAUCACUCAGCCAGAAGCAAUACAGGAAAAACUGAAUGAAGACAAUAAAGCUGAUCCAGAUGGAAAUCCUAUCGCUAGAAGUGAGUCCAAAGAAGACUUUUCCAGUGAUGAAGAUUCACAUAAACGACAUGAAUCCACAGAGAGGGAUGUAAAACUUGCAGCGAAUGCCACUCCUGGAGGGUCCAUCUCCUACAAGAAAUCUCUGAGAUUGUCCUCCAAUCAAAUUGCCAGCCUUAAGUUGAAAGAGGGGCCAAAUGAUGCAGUGUUCAGCAUAACAACUCAGUAUCAAGGUACCUGUCGCUGUGAAGGAACAAUCUACCUCUGGAACUGGGAUGAUAAAGUCAUCAUAUCCGAUAUUGAUGGAACCAUAACCAAGUCUGAUGCCUUGGGGCAGAUCCUUCCUCAGCUGGGCAAGGACUGGACACAUCCAGGGAUUGCUCAACUUUACCAUAAAAUACACGAGAAUGGCUACAAGUUUCUCUACUGUUCAGCACGUGCCAUUGGGAUGGCAGACAUGACGAGAGGAUAUUUACAUUGGGUGAAUGACAAGGGGACGAUCCUUCCGCGAGGACCCUUGUUGCUGGCACCCAGCAGCCUCUUCUCAGCCUUUCAUAGGGAGGUAAUCGAGAAGAAACCGGAAAAGUUCAAGAUUGAAUGUUUAAAGGACAUCAAAAAUCUAUUUAAUCCUUGCAACCAACCUUUCUAUGCUGCUUUUGGGAACAGACCAAAUGAUGUUUAUGCCUACAAAAAAGUAGGAGUCCCGGACUAUAGAAUCUUCACAGUAAAUCCAAGAGGCGAACUGAUACAGGAACAAACCAAAGGCAAUAAAUCUUCGUACAUUCGGCUGAGCGAACUUGUUGAGCAUGUUUUCCCUUUGCUCAGUCAAGAACAGUGUUCUGCUUUCAUUUACCCCGAGUACAGCUACUUCAACUAUUGGCGAGAUCCGCUCCCUGACAUCAGGCUAGAAGAACUAGCCUAAAUAUUGCUGCUGGUCACACUCUUCGAAAGACUUUCCAGUGUUUAUACAGUGUUUUUCAAGUUCGAUUCAGGUAUAGAUUUCUAAAGAUAUAUUCAGUUUAUUUUAAGGACCAAGAAUUCUAUUGUGGUAACAUUAUGUUUAAAGUUAAGGUCACGCAGUUUAAUACCAGCAGAAUUCUCUCAGGAACAUAGUUUAGUCCUCAUUUUAUCUAUUCAUUACAUCAGAAAGGAAAGUCCCUCUUUUUGAUCCACUGUGUCCUUAUGUAAGAAUGUUGCACAUCGUGUCUAACCCACUGCACUCACCACCAUUGUUGCUACUUUCGAGAAAGGUUUUUGAUCAAGUAGCUUGGAUUACAGGGUUAAGUUGAUGCUUUACAGCAGAGCUAUAUUAACUAAUUUUUAUACCCCGAAAAGUGGUGCCCAGAGACUGCUAAGUACAAUGAAAGAAACCUGGAACUCAAUGAUAUUCCACAACAGUUCCCAAGUUCAUUUCACUUCUGGUUUCAGUGGGUACCGCUUCACCUCGCCCAACAUAGAACGCAAGUUUUCACAUUUUAAUCAGCACUUUGAAAGCACGAAUAGAAUAUGUGGCAGCAACGUUAUAGAAUAUAUCAGAGAAAAGUUUGACUUUUAGCUGAAGAUUUGCAGCUGAAUCUCUGCUCCAAAGGUAUUUGGUCAUACUCCCAAGUUUCUGCCACAUACCCUUCGUGAUAAAAGCCUUUGUUCUGUUGAUGGGAUUCACUCAUGUUUGUCGGUCCUGCAACACGGAACACAGUAAGUGAAGAAUUUUACUUUAGGGCAUUGCACAAUAUUAUUACAAUAAGUUUGUUCUUUCUGUGAAAGAUGUAAAUUAGUGUGUUUAUGAGAACACACCAUAUGAAAAGAGAAUUAAUCACUUUAAAAUGGAUGUAUGUAAAGUACUGAUCAUAAGGAAGCUCCAGAAGUAAUCAUAUUCUGUUACUUCAACUUGUCUUAAAUAAUAGCUUCAGUGCGCUUAUCCUGGAGCUCUCGAGUGUUGUAUUGUUUUGAAAAAAGAAGAUAAUGUUUUAGUUACCCUUGCCAAGACACUCGUGGGAACACAAUUAAACAUCCUAUUGCUAAGGGUCUUUUUAUGUUUUUGGAAGCACAUUUUAUAAUAAAGUUUUAAAUCUCAUGUCAUGUAGGAUGAUCUCAAUAUCCUCUUGAUUUUUGGCGAGGAUAGUAAUUUAAAUGCCUUUUCUUUGAAUACUUCUCUUUUAACUCUGAAGAAAGAAAUUGUACCAUUGGUGACUUUUUAUAAUGUCAUUUUGUGUAUUUUCCCCCCCGAACCAUGGUGAUGUUGGGGUACAAUUCUCCUGCUUCUUACUGAGUGAAGUUGUAUUGGCAUUAAGUUGAGAUUUGGCAACUUUUCAUCAUGUACAUUAGUUUAAGGAAACCACAGCUAAACUGCUUGUUGAAAUGCAGUAAUGACAAAGUUUCAGUAAACAUCAGUAUUUUUUGUUGGAUUGUGAAGCCAUCAUAUUGUAUUUAACACAAUCUACAAUAACAUCCAUGUGUGUGUGUGUACACACUAUUCAUGUUGUAGGAGAUUUCUUCUUAAAACCAUGGAAUUAAAGACAAAAUACAAAACUU